GGGACCGCCCUCUGGAUGAAGCGGAGCCAUUUACCACAGCAAUGUCAGCCCAAUCCACGGCUGGGGAAAUGCACAUUGCGCGCUCCUUGUGUAUUUCCAUCGCAGCAUAGAAAAUAACGGUUCGAGCACUACGGAGCGAUGGCACCGCCGACUGAUGCGUCUUCAGCACAGCCUCACGGAUCCCAGGAAAAAACGCUCGUGGGAAUUUAAAGGAACAUUGAUUUAGCUGUAUGCAUCGCAUAAAGUCCGCUCACGCCACCAAAACGUGAUUGAAGCUGAUUUAUCUGAUGAUGGUUUUCUAGAACAAACUGUUCAUUUUUGGCCAUCACAACGCAGACUGAAGACUCGAUCCAUCACCGAUGCGUUAAUCGCAAGUCAGUCGCAGUGUUGCUUAUAUUAUUAUCUUCUCGACAUCGGAAUAAGAACAUCUGUGAUUCAUAGGAGCCAGCUGCACCAGCUCUAUAGUAUUCGAGCAUCCUUCCGCCAGUGUGCAUCAUCAUCCUCAUCAUCAUCAUCAUCGCGCCCUGCAGCUCCAUCGCAAGAGGGAGGAUCCGCAGAGGAGAUCUCCGGGCAACACCACACACACAUUCAGAGGAUGCUUUGGAUGUAAAAUAAAUAACGAUGGGGAAAGAUCAGGAAUUACUUCAAGCGGUGAAGACUGAGGACCUGAUGACGGUGCAGAAGCUCCUGCAGAGGCCCAAACCUGGGAAAGCAAAGUUGCUGGGCUCUGCCAAGAAGGUGAAUGUCAACUUCCAGGACACUGAUGGAUUUUCACCACUGCACCAUGCAGCUCUCAAUGGAAAUGUUGAGGUUAUAUCACUGCUGCUGGAGUCUCAGGCCUUAGUGGACAUCAGGGACCAGAAAGGGAUGCGGCCUCUACAUUAUGCAGCGUGGCAGGGAAAGUCCGAACCCAUGAAGUUGCUGCUGAAGUCAGGCUCCUCAGUGAACGGUCAGUCUGAUGAGGGUCAGAUCCCCCUGCACCUGGCCGCUCAGCACGGACACUAUGACGUAUCUGAGAUGCUUCUGCAGCACCAGUCAAAUCCCUGCAUAGUGGACAAUGCUGGGAAGACUCCAUUGGACUUGGCUUGUGAAUUUGGCCGAGUUGGGGUGGUCCAGCUGCUACUGAGCAGUAACAUGUGUGCAGCUCUGUUGGAGGCCAAGCCCGGAGACUCAACUGAUCCCAACGGCACCAGCCCACUGCAUCUCGCUGCCAAGAACGGACACAUCGACAUCAUCAGACUGCUGAUCCAGGCGGGCAUCGAUAUCAACAGGCAGACCAAAGCGGGCACUGCCCUCCAUGAGGCUGCACUGUGUGGGAAGACUGAUGUAGUGCGCCUCCUGCUGGAUAGUGGCAUCAAUGCAGCAGUGAGAAACACAUACAGCCAGACAGCGCUGGACAUCGUCUAUCAGUUCACUGCUACACAGGCCAGCCGGGAAAUCAAGCAGAUGCUACGAGAUGCCUCAGCUGCCUUGCAGGUCAGGGCCCUGAAGGACUACUGCAACAAUUACGACCUGACUAGCCUUAACAUAAAGGCUGGAGAUGUUAUCACGGUUCUGGAGCAACAUUCAGAUGGGAGGUGGAAGGGCUGCAUCCAUGAUAACCGCACAGGAAAUGACAGAGUGGGCUACUUCCCCUCCAGCAUGGUCGAGGUGAUCAGUAAGAGGCCUGGGGCUGUGGGUAAGAGACGACAACGGGCGGGUUCAUGGAGUACAGUCACUUGUACCCAACAGUAUCAAAAGAUACAGCUCUGUGCGCCGGUGUGCGGCCCCGUGUCGCCCGCCGUUGCCAUGGUGAAUGGGGACUCGUAUCAUGAGAUUCAUAUCCUGCCGCCUCCUCCACCUCCGCCACCACAUUCCCAUCUGCCACUUUUCACUUCCUUUGGCUAUAACAGGUCCCCAAACACCUCAGGAGAGCCGCACAGUGGACAAGAGGCCAAGAAUGAUCAAGAUUUGGCUAGUUCUCGCGGCUCAGAGUCCAGUCCACAUGGCUCACCCACCCCAGCCGGUGGUCCCCAGGGCGGCAGCAGCGAGGAGAUCUGGGUUCUGCGCAAACCUGUGGCAGGUGGAGACCGCAGCAGUGUGGGCAGUUCAGGCAGUGUGGCCAGUGCCCGAUCCUCUGGUAGUGGACAGAGCGCAGGCAGCAGCAGUAUCCUUCACGCACAGGCAGAGGGAGUCAAGCUCCUGGCCACGGUUUUGUCACAGUCUGCCAAAGCUAAAGAACACCUGCUGGAGCAAACAAAGUCUUUGGACCACCCCUCUCACGCUUCCAGCAACAAGGGAUCUUCCUCACGCAGUCAGAGUUUGUCAAGCUGUCCACUUCAUGAGCAGCCGUAUGGGGAGGCGGUGUCCCAGAGGAAAGGGGAGGCGCUGCCUGAGGGGAAGAGCUCAGAGGCUGUUAUCGAAUGGCUGAGUGAAUUUCAGCUGCAGGUCUACGCUCCAAACUUCAUCAGCGCCGGCUAUGACAUUCCUACAAUUAGCCGAAUGACCCCAGAGGAUUUAACAGCUAUUGGAGUAACCAAACCAGGACAUCGAAAGAAGAUAACCUCAGAGAUAAAUAAGCUCAGUGUUAACGAGUGGCUGCCUGACCAAAAACCAGCGAAUCUUGGAGAGUGGUUAUCCAUGAUUGGGUUGAGCCAAUAUCACCAAGUUUUAGUCAAAAAUGGCUAUGAGAACAUUGACUUUAUUACUGACAUCACGUGGGAGGACCUUCAGGAGAUUGGCAUUACAAAACUUGGACACCAGAAGAAGCUUAUGCUUGCAGUGAAGAAGCUGGCAGAGAUCCAGAAGGCCUCUGAUGGUCGUAACACAUUGCGUAAAAAACCCCCAGCCGCUCAGGAGGUGAUGGCUAUUGAGAGCCCACCCCAUGACAGCGGAGAGUGUAUGUCUCCUAAAUUAAGCACUUUCCAGGACAGUGAACUGAGCGGGGAGUUACAGGCAGCUCUUACACGCCCUGCUGAUGUGCAGGAUGGCACAGAGGUGAGAACCAAUAGUGGUCCGGGAGCACAGCACCGAGCCCGCACUCUGCAUGAGAACAGCAUGAAUAAGAGCCGAGACACAGAAGAGCCUAGCGGGCCACCCAGAAAGGAGGCACGUACCAUGCGCCAGAGCAGCCAGGGAGGCCAGAGAAGUGUCUCAUCGGCGCAGCCAAAACCACGUCAGUCUUAUCCCCAAGGUGCAGGUCCACCCUAUACUCCACCACAAACGCCCACCAAAACGAAGCCUCCUGCCUCACAGACUAUGAGCAACCCACCGGGUAAACCAAAACCUAGUCCUCAGCUGCUCCAGCAGACAGAGAAGCCCAUAACACCUCGUGCUCACCCCCAAUCCCCCACUCAAAGGUCCCAUACACACCCAGCUGCUCAGCCUGUGGAAACCAAGGAAGCUGCGCCCCAAGGACCUGCUGCCUCAGUGCCACUCCUGUGCCUGCCACCAGAUGGUGAUGAAGCUUGCGACGAGUAUGGUCUGCCUAAGAAACGUGCCCACAGUCUGAAUCGAUAUGCUGUGUCUGAUGGUGAGCAGGAGCGGGACGAGCUGAAUGUUGCAGAUUCAGGAGGAAAGUAUGCCACAGUACAGCACCGGGUGGGCCGCAGCAACUCAGUGAAAGGGCAGGCAGACAAGAAUGUCAACCGAAGCCAGUCCUUUGCACUCAGACAGAAGAAGAAAGGUCCUCCUCCACCUCCUCCCAAACGCUCUAGUUCGGCCAUCUCAAGCUCCAGCAGUAAUCUGACAGAAGUUCCCAAGGAGACAAGCAGUGGACCUCUUCUGGAGGUUCCCUAUCAACCACAAAGACGUGCUAGUGACCUGGGUGGCACUGUAGACACAGGCAGUGCAGGUAGUGUGAGGAGCAUUGCAGCCAUGUUGGAAAUGUCCUCUAUUGGUGGGGGUGCCAAGGGUCUCGCUUUACAGAAAACUGCAGGUCACUAUUUGCAGGUGGGUUCUGCAGGAGCAAAGCAGCGUGAUGCCAUUGGACUGGAUGGGGAAGUAGUGAACCGUCGCAGGACCAUUAGUGGGCCCGUCACUGAGUUAGUAGCAGCUGCUAAGCGAGGACCACAGCCAGAGCCAGUCCAGGAUAGACAACGCUCUGAACCCCAGCCAAGCUCUAGUGGGAGUUCAGCAGAAAACCUUCCAUUUGCUGAGGAUGGAAACCUUACCAUCAAACAAAGACCUAGACAGGGAAAGGAUGAGUCUGAGGAGGGCCCAGAAAUGUCAUACUCUUUACCCCAGGAGGACCUUUCAUGUGCGGAUGCCACAGCCUCCCUGAAAAGGAGGGUCCAGAGCACCAAGCAGCAGCCAAAUGGCACCAAGUUCCUGCUCACUGAGUCAAAUACAGUUAAGCGCCGCCCCAAAAGCAAAGACAAAGAUGCAGAGGAACAACAGGAUGGGCAGAUGCCCGUACCAUACGAGAAUGGGACUGGCACCAUUAAAAGACGCCCUGUGUCAGAGGUGACCGUUUCAGAGCAGCCCCGACCACAGGAACAUCCUGAGAACUCGCCCCGUCGGGACAGUGCAGACCUGGAAGGCCAUGUCACUGAGAGUGCCCCUCGAAAGUCCGUCAAACCUCCAGUGUCUCCCAAACCUGUUCUGGCCCAGCACAUAAAGAAACAAGGACCACCGGCUGCCAUCACCAAGAAAGCCCCGUUUCCUGGACCAACUGGGGCACCUGGCAGCCCAGGUACUACACAGUGCGGGCCUUUCACUUGCCCUGUCUUUACACAAUUAUUUGAAGGAAAGAAAGUACCUCCUCCGAUAUCACCAAAACCUACACCUCCUCCCACAGCUCCCAAACCAUCCAAAAAUGUUCUGCAGUCUUUAAAUGCGACACCUAAUCCCACUCCCACGCCCUCUCCAGCCAAGCAGACUGUCACCAGAAUGUCCAGUACAGCCUCAACCCAAACCAACCACCCUGUCAAGGCUACAACCCCACCGGCUUUGAGUGCACAGACCCCACACACACCUCAGUCUCCUCACACCCCACAGACACCUCAGACACCCCAAACCCCACAGACACCCCAAACUCCCCCAACCCCCAUCCCUACACCCCCUCCUGUGAAGCCCCCUCGCUCCUCAAUCAGUGGGGUAUCCAUGGACAGUUCAACUGGAUCAGCACUUGUCACAGGGGUAGUGACGGCAGAUGCAAUGCACCAGAAGAUAGAGGAGACCAGUGCCUCACUAGCUGCAGCCCUGCAGGCAGUAGAAGAGAAGAUCAAGGAGGAUGGGCAAAAAGACUCAUUGAUUGAAAACAAGAGCACAGUGAGCAUCCUAGACGACAUCGGCAGCAUGUUUGAUGACCUGGCCGACCAGCUGGAUGCAAUGCUGGAGUGAAGAGCACAGCCUGUGUCUCUGUGGCACAACCUCAGGGCCCCGGGAGAGCACAAGGGCACAAUGACCAACAACAUACCCACCUAUCCCUUUCUAGUCCUCAUCCCUUGCUCCUCUCACCCCCUUUUUUCCUGCUCCUUCCCCAUUGUCAUGAAACACCCGUCUCUCCUCUCUCCCUCCGAGUUGGUUUUGCACAAACCCGAGCUGAUGUACCUCAGGACUGGGCAGAAGGCCAUCCAGGGCUUUAAACAUCAAAGACAGAGCAGAGGGUGGAGAGGCAGAGGUUGUGUUUUAAUACAUAAAGCUCAACUCUCUGUCUGUGGAAUAUCUCUAUCUACCAUGAGCAAUGAGUAGUAAAAUAAUAAUAUGAAAACAAUAAUAACUGUAUAUGAAAUAAUAGUAUGGUAUGUGUACAUUGUAAGCAUGAGGAAAGUUUGUAUCUAUAAAGAAAAAAAAUCUCAUAGUGAGAGUCAUGCAUUAGUACAGUUAUAUAUAUAUAUAUAAAUAUAAAUAUAAAUAUUUUAUGUUUUUAUUUCAUGUUCAAUGGUACAUACAGUGUUGAAACAUUAAGAAAUCUAUAAAGUUUGAUGACAGAUAUGUGGAUUUUUCUAUGACUAUAAUGAAGUUUUAAAACAAAACAAAAAAUAAGGCUGGCUUAAACAUCUUGUAUGUUUGGCUGUGCUCUGCUGAAGAGUGUUGUGGGCUGUGUUGAAUGUAGUGACUGAAGUGGCUGUUUCACCCCCUGCUCUGUGCUUGCUCUGG